GAGGAGUUGGUCGUCGGCGAGGUGUAAGGUUCGAGGAAAGACCUGUUAAAUCGCACCUAAUCAAGCUCUUGGCUCAUCUCAAGUGAAAAUCCUCUAGUGUGGAAGCUUCGUUUUAGGAAAAUAAUAUUUACUCGUUUUUUAAGAUGGAAAUGACCGAGAUUGUUGACCAAGGAAAGGUUCGUCUGCCGAAUCAGAGCAGUUCCAACUCCAAUCGCUGUGCUGAUGACGACAAGACGAUUCAGAAAGUCGUCCACAAAUUGAGAAGACUGUUCGACAAUGUGAUAAUUGGAGAUAAAGUCACUCCCAGAUCUGCAAUUAUAGAGACUGAUUACGAACAAAGCAGCGGCUCGGACAAAACUGAGCAUCUCGUACCAAACAUGAACAACUUCGGUUCCUUUGAUGAUCUCUUUGAGGACAGACUUUGUAACAGUAUUACUGAACAACUGGAGAGGCUUUUGGUGGCUCAUGGAAAUAAUGAUCUCAACUGUCAGCUUUUAGUGCCCUCUGACUUCUCAUCUAGAAUUGCCCAAGAUGUCCUUCGUAUGUCACAGAAUGAGCCAUGUGGAAUUCGAGGCUGUGUGCUGUUCAUCAACAUGCAAGAGAAAUCUGUAUGCAGAAAGAUUGGUAGAAUUGAAUGUGAUCCCUCUACGGUCGCUACCUUUGAACUUUAUUUAACAUUGAGGGAAGACACAAGGCCCUGGGUGAUAGCGAAGAACGUGUUGGCCUCUGUUAGAGGCCGAAUGAAUGGUAGCUCCAACUCAACAAAAGUGCUUUGUCCUGGCUACCAGUUGGCCAAAAGAAAACUGUAUCGUCCAAACUGAAGGCUUUCAUUGCAACUGUUUCCAGUUUCACCCUCUCAAGAACUGCUGUGAUGACGAUGUGGUACAUAUAUAUCAUCACUAGUGCUGCUGUGACAAUAUCUUAAUGGUUUGUCUCCUUGUGAUAUAGACUUGUCUUGUAUAUAGUGAUGCAGGGUUAUGCGCAAAGAUUCUAUCAGUAUUGGACAACCCUUUAAAGACUGGAGACUGUGCUUUGAGUUGGGUGCCAUACAUUGGACAGUUCAUCAUUGACACUGAGGCAAUAUUUAGACAUUAUCAAUUGUUUACCAUGCAUUGUUUUUAUAAGUGACCUAGUCAGAAGUGUAUAUGCUUUUACAGGUUGUAUUGCUGUCUGUGAAUGCAAGAUUUGAAUGGAUUAAGUCAUUCAGCAUUAACCAUUUCACUGUUUUUUUGUAGAAAAAAGUCAUUAUUUUCAUACCUGUUCUCAGUUGGAAGUGUAAAUGUGUACACUGAAAGUAUAAAGUCAUCUGUGAUAGAAAUACGUGUAGUUUCAAUAGUUUGUACUUUGGUAUAUUUUUCCACAAGUAAUAACGCACAUUCCUUUUCAAAAGGUUACGAGUUUGUACUAGGGUUUUGUAUGAUACACCAGUUUUCAACUGUACUAAAAGCUUUUCGCUCUAAGGGAUGCAUUUUGUUCUAUAUGAGCUGUCAAAUUCCAUAAGAAAUUUGUUGAAGUCAUCCUGGUUUGUUGUCCUUCACAUGUGAUAAACUGCAAAGAAUCUGCCAUCAGAUUUUGAAUACUUUUAGCAUAGCAUUGGUUUUGGAGGCUAUAAUGUUAAUGCUCCAAAAUAUUUAAAUUUCUAUGAAAUUAUGAGUAUCAUUUUUUAGGAAGUUUAGUUCACUGUUCUGUAAAAUCUAUAAGGAUAUUGUAUGUCCUCCGGUCAGUUCAUUGUUUCUGACAACUGUCCAGUAAAGUGAUCACAAAUCAAUAAUUUGUGUUU